AUGACGCAUUUUCCUUUGAUACCUCAUCACAAUCAGCUUGCAAGACGCAAACGAACUUUACAAGAAGAAUCUUCAACAACGGAUGCUGAUGCAUCAUUGUUUCAGGGAAUUGGAACGCAUUAUAUUGAUCUUUUUAUUGGUACCCCAUCCUCCCAAACUGCCAGUUUAAUUGUCGAUACAGGCUCGGAAUGGACGGCAUUUCCCUGUGUGGCGGGUUGCUGUGGUCAGCAUACGGACGCCGAAUUCGACUUUGCGCAGAGCGAGACGUUUUCCAAUCGAUCGUGUGCCGAUUCCUGUGGACAAGGACGGCAGUCCUGUCGCGGCACCCAAUCUUGCAAUGUCCACAUGGCGUAUGCCGAAGGAAGCUCUUGGACGGCAUUUGAGGCUCAAGAUCAUGUGUCCUUGUGGAGGCAGCAGCAGCAAGCAAAUAAUAAUACGAAUGAUUCCACAACUGCAGUAGAACAAAAUCAAAGUUCUUUGCAAGGACCAUUUCCACUCCGAUUUGGUUGCCAGACUGCAACUACCAAGCUCUUUCGGACACAACUCGCAGAUGGAAUCAUGGGAAUGGAUGAUUCUCCCCUAUCAUUUUGGCGUCAAGCGGGAGCCCAGAGCUUUAGCUUGUGCUUUCAAAGUGCAGCGGCGCCUCAACUAGAAGACUCUGCCGGUGUCCUGACAUUGGAUGGGUACGACGACCGAUUACAUUUGGCGGGUGCAACUAUGCAAUGGGCCAAACGAACCAGAUCACAAGAUCGGUACUUUGGACUGUUUCUUCAAGACAUGUACUUUGUGCCACACACCAGCAGUACGACAAUUAGCAAGAUUAAGGGGUUGGACACCAGAACCAUGAACGCUGGUGGGGUAAUUGUGGACAGUGGAACCACUACCUCCAGCUUUCCUCUGAGUGCCAAGCCUAUUCGAGAUGCUUAUCAGCAACUGACGGGAAACUCGUGGUCGAAAAAACUGUCGUUGGAGGACGUCAAGGCAUUGCCAACGCUGGUACUGGAAUUUCGUGCCAGGGACUCGGAUUCAGACAACGUCGUGGUGGAGUUUCCUCCUCUGCAUUACAUGUGGCCAACGGAGAACAGUGAUGCCAUGUACGAACCCGCCCUCUACUUUAUGGGCGACCAAACAGUCCUUGGCGCUGACUUUAUGCGGGGCCAAAACAUUCAUUUUGCAAACGAUCGCAUUGGGUUCGCCUCCAGCAACUGCGACUUCAACACUGUCAAGUCGCAAACGCAGCAUUUUCAGCCGUCUAGCAUCAAAAUAGAAGUUCCGAGCAACCAAGGGGUCAGUGGUGAAGAUGGGACCGCUAGCAGCGUGUCUAUCGGCGUCCUGGCAGUUGCUGCUGUCCUUUUGGUAGCUAUCGCCGUGUUGGUGGUGGCCAACAAGCCAAAGCGCCCCUCCCAUUACCAAGUGGUGGAACAUGACCAACCCGAGGUAGAGCUGACAUAG